AGCUUCCGGUUUCUGUCGCUCGCUGGUUCGGGCGCGCGAGGCUGUCAGGGAGGCGAGUCCGUCUUGGCGGGCGAGGUGAGGCGAGACGUUGGGAAGCGGCGCCAGGUUGCGGAGGUGGGUUGUUCGCGGUUGCAGCUGCUCGCAGACUGUCCAGCCAUGGUUCUCACUAGUUUGAACAAGAUAACUGGACUUCAGAAAAAGACGGCCUGUAUCAGGAAUAUAUGUAUACUUGCUCAUGUGGAUCAUGGCAAGACAACUUUAGCUGAUUGCCUGAUUUCUAGCAAUGGAAUAAUAUCUAGUAGAUUAGCGGGAAAGCUGAGAUAUUUGGACAGCAGAGAAGAUGAGCAGAUUCGAGGGAUUACCAUGAAAUCCAGUGCCAUUACCUUGCUGUUUGGGAAAGAUGGCGAGGAGUAUCUUAUCAACCUAAUAGAUUCCCCUGGCCACGUGGAUUUCUCCUCUGAAGUGUCUACAGCUGUUAGACUGUGUGAUGGUUGCAUUGUUGUGGUAGAUGCUGUGGAAGGAGUCUGUCCACAGACGCAUGCAGUUUUGCGACAGGCUUGGCUCGAAAACAUUCGCCCGGUCCUAGUGAUUAAUAAAAUAGAUCGACUCAUAAUGGAACUCAAGUUCACACCCCAGGAGGCAUAUUCUCACCUGAAGAACAUCCUGGAACAGGUGAAUGCCAUCACUGCAACUCUCUUCACCUCAAAAGUGCUUGAAGAAAGGGCUGAGAAAGACACAGAAACUCAGAUGACUUCCGAUUCUGCUCAGAGAGACCAAGUGUACGACUGGAGCGCCGGUUUGGAAAGCACCGACGAUUCACACCUGUACUUUUCACCAGAUCAAGGGAACGUGGUAUUUGCCAGUGCAGUCGACGGCUGGGGCUUUGGCAUUGAGCAUUUUGCCAAGCUGUAUAGCCAGAAGAUUGGAAUCAAGCCAUCGGUACUCCUGAAGACUUUGUGGGGAGACUAUUACCUGAACACAAAAGCCAAGAAGAUUAUGAAAAGCGACCAGUCAAAAGGGAAGAAGCCUUUGUUUGUGCAGCUGGUCCUAGACAACAUAUGGAGCCUCUAUGAAGCUGUUACAAAAAGAGAUAAGGAAAAAAUUGACAAAAUUGUCUCUUCUCUGGGACUGAAAAUCGGGGCUCGUGAAUCCCGCCACGCAGAUCCGAAAGUUCAGCUUAAUGCCAUCUGUAGUCAAUGGCUGCCAAUAUCUGAAGCUGUUCUCUCAAUGGUCUGCAAUAAACUUCCUAGUCCUCUCGACAUCACUAUCGAGAGAGUGGAAAAACUGAUGUCUGUUGGAGGAAAGGCGUUUGAUUCUUUGCCACAAGAAACUCAAGAUCUGAAAGACGCGUUUAUGAAAUGCAGCAGUGAAGAAACUGCCCCGGUCAUUGUCUUUGUGUCCAAAAUGUUUGCAGUUGACGCUAAGACAUUGCCACAGAACAAGCCCAGGCCUCUGACACAAGAAGAAAUGGAGCAGAGACGUGAACUUGUAAGGCGGCGGCAUGCUGAAAAGUUGGCAGCUACUCAAGGGCAGGAGUUGGCGCAGGCAGGAGCUGGAGAAAACCCGGUGGACCAAGCCAUGAAGGCCGAAGUGACAAAAGAGGAUGAUCAGCCCCCUGUCACUCAAACGGAGGCUGUGACGGUGGCAGCUGUGAAGCAAGAAGCUGAAACCAAGGAGGCUUUUGUAGCUUUUGCGAGGGUCUUCAGUGGAGUUGUGAAGAAGGGGCGAAAACUCUUCGUUCUUGGGCCAAAAUAUGAUCCCGCUGAAUCACUUCACAAGAUGCCCGUAGGGUGUUGUGCUGCCGAUGACCUGCCGCCAGUACCUCAUUUGGCUUGUUGCACUUUAGAAGAUCUUUACUUACUGAUGGGAAGAGAACAGCAGCAGCUGGAGGAGGUGCCCGUGGGAAACGUGUUAGGCAUAGGAGGAUUGCAAGAGUUUGUGCUGAAGUCGGCGACGCUGUCCUCCUCACCAGCCUGUCCACCAUUUACGCCUCUCAACUUCGAAGCGACACCCAUCGUGCGAGUUGCCGUUGAGCCAAAACACCCGAGUGAUAUGCCUCAGCUGGUCAAAGGUAUGAAGCUUCUAAAUCAGGCCGAUCCGUGCGUACAAGUUUUAAUCCAAGAGACGGGAGAGCACGUGUUAAUAACGGCGGGAGAAGUUCACCUUCAGCGCUGUUUGGACGACUUGAAAGAGAGGUUUGCCAGGGUAGAAAUCAGUGUCUCGAAACCCAUCAUUCCUUUCAGAGAAACCAUCACGAGGCCCCCCAAAGUUGACAUGGUGAAUGAAGAAAUAGGGAGGCAGCAGAAAGUCGCAGUCAUACACCAGAGUAAAGAGGAGCAGAACAAAAUCCCAGAGGGGGUGCAGGUUGACUCAGAUGGACUCGUGACCAUGUCAACGGCAAACAAAUACGCCACUCUGAGCGUCAGGGCAAUUCCGCUUCCCGAGGAGGUGACUCGGCUCCUGGAGGAAAACUGCGACUUGAUUCGAACCAUGGAGCAGUUCACGUCAUCCCUGAACGAAGGUAAGAAAACCCAGGAGAUGAAUCAGAAGACCCUCGACCAGAUCCAAGCACUCAAACAAAAACUGCAGGAAAAGCUGCAAGGUAGAAAAUGGAGAAACGCCAUCGACAGCAUCUGGUCCUUCGGCCCCCGAAAAUGCGGGCCAAACAUUUUGCUGAACGGAUUUGAAGGCUAUGAGAGAUCUGUGUGGCAGUGCUUGGACAAGGGCGUGAAAGAAGCAAGCCUCUACCGGGACUUCGACAACAGCGUAGUGAGCGGGUUUCAGUUGGCUACGCUUUCCGGGCCGAUGUGCGAAGAGCCGCUGAUGGGUGUCUGCUUUUCGGUGGAGAAAUGGGACAUGAGCAAAUUCGCAGAGCAGGUAUCCACGAACCGGCAGGGUUUGGAGGAAAAGGCUGAAGGAGAGACGCUGGCGACAGGGGGCACUACUCCUGUUUCGGCAGACGGAGAUUCCGAAUCGACUCCAGAAAGUAAAGAAACCCAAGGAAGUGGCCAGCAACCUUUCAAACUACUGAGUAGACGUAAAGGAGAGACGCUUCUUGCUGACUGCUAUGGCCCUUUCUCUGGGCAGCUAAUUGCCACCAUGAAGGACGCCUGCCGUUAUGCUAUGCAAGCGAAGCCACAGAGGCUUAUGGCUGCCAUGUACACCUGUGAUAUUAUGGCCACGGCGGAAGUACUGGGCCGUGUCUAUGCCGUCCUGUCCAAAAGAGAAGGCCGUGUGCUGCAGGAAGAGAUGAAAGAAGGGACCGACAUGUUUAUCAUCAAGGCUGUGCUGCCUGUGGCAGAGAGCUUUGGUUUUGCCGACGAAAUCAGGAAGAGAACGAGCGGCUUAGCCAGUCCACAGCUGGUGUUCAGUCACUGGGAGGUCAUUUCAGAUGAUCCGUUUUGGGUACCGACCACAGAGGAGGAGUAUUUGCAUUUUGGGGAAAAGGCGGACUCCGAGAACCAGGCCCGCAAGUACAUGAAUGCCGUGAGAAAGCGGAAGGGACUUUAUGUAGACGAGAAAAUUGUGGAGCAUGCUGAGAAGCAAAGAACUCUCAGCAGAAACAAAUAACUGCCUCCGCCUCUGUCUCAGCUUUCUCGGUUAAGUGCAGGUGAAUUAUUUUCCAAGCCGGAUAUUUUUUUUUUUUAAAAAAAAGUCACCUUGGAUGUUACUGGUUCUGCGUGGGUUUUUCUUACCAUGAAUUGUCGGUGGCUUGCGUUUUAAUAAACCUAAGCCUUUCCAACUUUUUAAAAUUA